CGAUGGGAGCGCUGUUUGCGUUGUUACGUUGUGUUUGUCAUUCACGUAGCGUGUGCGCAGUGCGGGUUGUACAUACGCAAGUGGCGUAGAUCGACCCCUUGAGAACGUGCAACGGGACGUAAACCAGAGUACGUCUGUAUUCAGAAUUCCUCCUUUCCGCAAGAAACGACUUUGUGGCCAUUGAAUAAAACGUGCCAAACCUGCGCGGACUUCACAACAAACUGGGAGAAACCGUUACAUACAGGACGUAUCUCCCGUUUUCAGUUUAAUUCGAGCUGUACAAGGGUUCCCGUGCACACAUUGUGCAUGUUGGAGUUUGCAUAGAGCCAGCGAUCCUCCUGUUAGAGCUUAAAGCCUAAACAUGGUGAGGCUGGAGCUGGAUCAGGUGGUGAUGAGGAGGAUGAAGGAGGAUGACAUAGAGGUGGUCAAAGCCCUCAUUAAGGAGGGCUGUGAGGGCACAGAAAACCGUCUCAUCCUCCACAUCCUCACUCGUCCACUCUGCCUCUUCAUCCUGGCUGUUUUCUCCUCAGUCCUGCGCUGCCUCGUCCAUUCCUUCAUCCUGGCUCUUGCUAUUCCUGUCUUCCUGCUAAUUGUCUUUCUCAAGAUCACCAUGCCGCGGUCCACAGGGGUCCUGGGCAGCAGCCGCCCCUACUGGGACUAUGUGGGAAGCAGCUACAGAGGGACACAGGACGAGACACUGCAGAAUCCCUACUGUAGAAUCAGUGGCAAGACACCAGUGACUAAAAGGCCAAGGCGCAAAAUCGCACCCAAAGAAAAGGACACAGAGACGUCAACAGAGAAGGUCACCCCAGAGAGGGAACAGACAGCGGGGCAGGUCUGGGUGGCAGACUGCGAGGGUGACAUCCUCGGAUGCAUCUUCCGGGAAAGCGAGAAUCGAGUGGGCAUCAGGAGGAUCUGCAGGUUAGUGACGGGCUGCUGGUACCGCAGGGAGGGCCUGGGCCGGCUGCUAGUCCAGAGUCUGGAGCAAAGAGAGAGGGAGACUGGCGCUCACAGAGUGUAUGCACACGUCCCCUACCCCUCCAAAGUGGGGGAGGUCUUCUUUAAGAAGUUGGGCUAUCAGCAACUCGGGGAGGGGACUGAUGAAGAAGACGAGGAGGAGAGGAAGCUGGAGACUCCAGAGAGAGGCUUUCUGGGAUACCCCCUCACUAAGGUGUUUUAUAAAGACCUGUGAUAUAGAGGUGAUGGACUCAUAUGGAGAAGAAAGUGGCCUAGGAUUAUCUAAAGGUAAAGAGUGCUGUGGACCUGUGCUGAAGGUGAUAGCAUCAUUUCUGCAACAUGUUUGCAUAUGUGUUUAAGUUAAGUAAUUUAUUUUAUAUUUGCAUUAUUAUUUAUUCCAGUAUUUAUUUACUGUAUGUGUUGCUGUUGUUUGUUUUGAAUAUAUUUUUCACCUUUUCAGCAUAUAAAGUACU